CUUCGAUCCUCCCUUCUCUCUCCAUCCAUAACACUCUCUUUCUCUCUCUGUGUCUCGCCAUUACUGCUCGCAGAGCUCCCACUCCCACUCCCACUCCCACUCCCACUCCCACUCAGUCAGUGUCUUUGGCUCGUGACUGGCUCGGAGGUAGAAGACAACGAAGAAGACGACUUCAUUAUUCAAUGCUUCUUACUCGAUUCUCGAGAAAUUCCAACUCACGUGCCGUCUCUCUCUCUCUCCCCCAGCAGCGUUCUGCUUGUGAUCGAUGUGCGGAUUCUUCUCCUGCACGGACGGCGGGCUGUUGAGGUAGAUCUCGAGGAGGGAGGGAUUGCGGAUGGAGUUGGAGCUGCAGACCGCGGGAGCGAUCGGAGGAGUAGGAGUAGGAGGCAGAACAAGAAGAUGAAGUUCUACAUAUCGGCUUCGGGGAUCAGGAGAGUGACGAUAUCGAACUCCGGCGCGGGGAAGGGAUCGGCGGCCACGGUGGCUCCCGCGCGCCGCCUCACCAGUCGGACUCUGCUGCCGGUGGUGCUCGUGCUCGGGAUCGUGCUCCCCUUCCUCUUCGUCAGAGUCGCGUUCCUGGUGCUCGAGUCCGCCGCCGCCUGCUCGUCCUCAACCGAUUGCAUUGGCGGGUGGAGGUUUUUCAGCGGGAAUGACGCCAACAUGCUCAGAGAAGAACUGACUCGGGCACUGUUGGAGGCCGAGGUAAAGAGCACGAACACUGUGCAAGGAAUGGACGGCUCUUUGGAGUCUUUUGACGAGCUGGUGAAGGAGUUGAUGUCACAUAGGCAAGAUAUCAAGGCAUUUGCAUUCAAAACCAAAGCCAUGUUAUCAACAAUGGAGCGGAAGGUCCACUCAGCAAGACAGCGGGAGUCAAUGUAUUGGCAUUUAGCCUCUCACGGUCUUCCGAAAAGCUUGCAUUGCCUUUGCCUAAAGCUGGCUGAGGAGUAUGCCAUGAAUGCAGCAGCCCGAUCCCGUUUACCUUCCCCCCGUUUCGUUUCCCGCCUCUCUGACCCUUCCUUGCAUCACCUUGUUCUGUUGACUGAUAAUGUCCUUGCUGCAUCAGUAGUCAUCUCUUCUACCAUUAAAAGCUCGGCUGAUCCCGAAAAGUUAGUCUUUCACAUUGUCACCGACAAGAAAACCUAUACUCCGAUGCACGCCUGGUUUGCUGUUAAUCCUGUCGAGUCUGCAGUUGUGGAAGUUAAGGGCCUGCACCAAUAUGAUUGGUCUCGAGAAGUCAACGUUGGAGUAAAGGAUAUGAUAGAUAUCAAUCAGUUAAUCUGGAAGCAUUACUAUGACAAUCUGAAGGAAGAAGACUUGGAGGAAGCAUCACAACAAAGCCUCGAGGCUCUAAGUCCCAGCAACCUUUCGGUCCUGAAUUAUCUCUGUAUUUACAUUCCCGAGCUGUUUCCAGAUCUAAACAAGGUAGUAUUCUUGGACGAUGAUGUUGUUGUUCAACACGACUUAUCUCCAUUGUGGGGAUUAGAUCUCAACGGCAAGGUGGUUGGUGCAGUUGUUAAUUCGUGGUGUGGAGAUGACUGCUGCCCUGGAAGAAAGUACAAUGACUACAUAAACUUUUCCCAUCCAAUCAUCUCAUCGAACUUUGCCUCUGAGGCUGAUCGAUGUGCUUGGCUCUAUGGAAUGAAUAUAUUCGAUCUUGAAGCAUGGAGGAGGAAUAACAUCACGAAGGUGUACCAGCAGUGGUUGAAACUUAGCCUUGAUUCGGGAUUGGGAUUGUGGAAACCUGGAGUUCUUUCACCGGCUCUAAUCGCGUUCAAGGGUCAUGUGCAUUCCGUCGACCCCUUAUGGCAUUUUGAUGGACUAGGCCAUCGAUUCUCUGAGGCCCAUGAGGCAGCAUUAGAAGCUGCAGCAGUCAUACACUUCAGUGGGCCCGCAAAGCCGUGGCUUGAGAUAGGGUCACAGGAGGUACGAAGCUUAUGGUACAAACACGUUAACUUCUCAAAUCGCUUUGUUAGGAGGUGUAGGAUUAUGAGAUAAGGAGGACAGAAUUCCUCUUAUCAGGUUCGAAUUGAAGUCUGCGGAUUUGGGUGUGGGACCAGAGGGAAGAAGGUCCUGCCUUCAGCCUCUGCUUCCCCACGUCAUGGCCGCGAAAGCGACAUUGUAAUUGUGGCUUUUUCCAUACGAUAUGAUAGAGAGAUAUUAAAGAUGAAGCGUCCAACCAAGAUUAGUACAAAUAUAGCAGAUCUUCAUCCUUCAGUGUAUAUGUUACAGCACCUACGGAUUAGGCAAUACUUUUUGACAAUACUGUAAAUUAAUUUGCUUCGUCAAUGUAUUCAAACUCAGGAUUUUAUCAUAGAUUUAAUCUCAAUAAAUAUGAUGAUGAUGAAGAUUAUGACAUGAA